AUGUCCAGUCUAAGUGAAUUGAAUUUAAAACAAGUAUUGGAACAAGUAAGUGAUCCUAAAAAUAUUGGCUCUGAUGUUCAAAAAUUGGCAGAACAACAGUUAAAAGAAUGGGAAAUUCAGCCUGGCUACCAUUAUCUAUUGCAAACCAUAUAUCUGGAUCUAUCAAAUUCAUUACAAAUUAGAUGGAUGGCAGUAAUUCAAUUUAAAAAUGGUAUAGAAAAAUUUUGGAGAUCCUCUAGAACUAAUGCUAUUAAGAAGGAUGAAAAAGCUUCCAUUAGAGCACGUUUAUUUGAGUUGAUAGACGAACAAAAUAAUCAGCUAGCUAUACAAAAUUCACAGGCUGCUGCUAAAAUUGCUAGACUUGAUUUUCCUGUUGAUUGGCCAAAUUUAUUUGAACAAUUGGAAUCACUGCUAUCAAAUGAAACUGUAUUAAGAAAUGAUGUAAAGAUAUACAAUAUUUUAUUACAUAUUAAUCAAAUUAUGAAAAUUUUAGGUGCAGCCCGAAUUGGAAGAUGCAGACCAGCUAUGCAGUCAAAAGUUCCAUUGAUCUUUAAUUCAAUAGUUAGGGUUUAUUUACAAAAUUUUAACAAGUGGACCUCCACUUCAAGUGUCGAUGAUACCAUCAUGACAAAAUUGCAAGUUUCAUACAUAUCUUUAAAAGUUCUAAGAAGAAUUGUGGUAGAAGGAUAUGAAAAACCACCAAAGGAUGAAUCAGUAUGCGAAUUUAUGGGAUUAACUAUUAAUCAUUUCGAGUUAUUAAUGCACAAUUAUGAUAAUUUCAGAAAAUUCGAUCUUUACGAAAAAUUUAUAAGAUGUUAUGGAAAAUUAUAUCAUAAUUUAAUUACUGGAUUACCUGCAAAUUUUAUUUUACUUCCAUGUUCUAGUCAAAUUUUGAUCACAUAUACGAAGAUUUUAUUUGAAAGGGCUAGUGAUGUGUAUAAUGAAAAUUCAGAAGUUACAGGUGAUUUUUGGGAACAAACUGUCAUCAGGGGCAUAUUGAUAUUGAAAAGAGUAAUCAAUUUCAUCUAUAAAAAAGGAGCAAUUACUUUAAAGGAACGUGGUGACAAAGCAAACAUAGAAGCUGCUAUCAACAAGUUAAACAUAGAAUUUUUGAACGAACAAUUAAUCAAAAAUUUAGUUGAUACUCUAAUGAAGUGGUACUUAAAGUUGAGACCCUCAGAGUUAGAAAGUUGGUUCAUGGACCCAGAAGAAUGGAUUAAUGAACAAAUGAUUACCAGUUACGAAUAUCAAAUUAGACCAUGUGCUGAAAACUUCUUUCAAGAUUUAAUAAAUACAUUCUCUACAAUUUUGGCUCCAUAUCUUCUAAAUAAGAUUGAAAAUGAAGCUGCACAAUUACCAAAUUCACUUGAUGAUUUUUUAAUGAAGGAUGCUAUUUAUUCUAGUUUCCAACUUGGUGCUGCUUCAAUUAGUGAAAUGGUUGAUUUUGAUAGACUAUUAGUUCAAGUAUUCUUGCCUGAAGCAACCAAUGAGUCAACACCUUCAGAUCAAUUAAAGAUUAUUAGGAGAAGGGUAGCAUUGAUUAUAAAUGAGUGGUCGAUAGUAAAAUGUUCAGAAGAUAGUAAGAAGCUAUGUUACGAACUCUUUGGUUCUAUUCUUGCUAAAGAGUCUGACAAAGUUGUAUUGUUGACUGUAGUUCAAUCAAUAAGAACUAUGGUUGGUGACUGGAAUUUCAACAAGAAAACUUUCCAACCAUAUUUGAAAGAUAUAGUAUCAUAUCUACUAAGAAAGAUACUUCCUUCAGUAUCAUUAACAGAAACUAGAUUAUAUGUUUUGAAUACAAUGAGUGAUAUUAUCAUCCAAACUAAACCAUUAGUUAGUAGAGAAUUAUUAAUUGAGAUAUUACAUGUUGUUCCAGAAUUAUGGGAAGUUUCAACAAACAAUUUAUCCGAAGGUAUCUUGUCUAAUGGGUUAUUAAGAUUAUUAAAACAUUUGGUCUCAUCAUUGGGUGCACAAUCGUAUUUGACUUGGGAUAUCACUAUUCCAAUUUUUGGAACAUCUUGCGAUCCAUCAUCAGCCAAUUACCAAUUAUUAAAUGAAGAUGGUUUCGAGCUUUGGAGUUAUUUAUUACAAAAUUAUUCUGAAAAGGACCAAAAGCUAGACCCAAGAUUUAUUGAAGCAUUACCACUUUUAGCAUAUGGUGUAGAUACUCACACUGAAAUUCUACCUACAUUAUUAGAAAUUGUUAAGAGUUAUGCUUUAAUAAUAAAUGCACAGGAUUUUUUUAAUUCAGAACCUCUUAUGGAAAUUUUUUCUCAUCUUACUAAGAUAUUGUUGAAAUUAAGAGAUGAUUCAUUUUAUUUGAUGCUUGAAAUCUGGGAAAUUUUGAUUCUGAACAGUGAAUCUAGCUAUGAAACUAUAUUGCUUCAAAAAUUCUAUGAUACAUCAAUCUUAAGUACAAUUUUCAAUUCUAUCUUUUUAGAAGAAUCAUUAUCCAACUAUCAAUGUGGUCAAUUAUUACAAAUUAUUGCUAGAAUUGCAUAUAUCAAUCCAAAUGGUUUAAUGGAAUUUAUGACGUUAUAUCAUUCCCAGUUACCACCAAUGCAGCAAAAUAUGAUGUUACCAAUGGAGGAACGCAAACUUAUCUCUAGCGACCUACCAUUUGAUCAAAUGCUAACCAAGUUAAUUAAUAGUUGGGUUCUCUGUUUUAGAGAUUUGUUUGAUCCAAAGAUUAAAAAAGUCCAUAUUCUCGGUUUAUCCAGUCUUCUCCGCACAGGUUCAGUCUCAAUCCUAAAAGAAUUCUCAACAAUCGUGGCCUUGUGGGUUGACAUGUUGGAAGAAAUUAAUGAAACUAAUGGUGGUGACUGUGAAAAGUAUCAUUUAAAUGAUAUUAUUACUGAUCAAUCUUUAGAAUUUUAUCAAUUGACUCCAGAACAGUUUAGACAACACGAAUUACAAAAAAAUAACGACGCUGUCCAUGGUAUUAGUUUAAAAGAAUUCAUUUCGCAAACUUUACAAUUUUUAGAAUCUCAUCUAGGCACUACACGUUAUCAAGAAUUUUUGAAUACUAUUGACAGAAAAUUAAUGGAAAGUCUACAAAUUUUCUUAUCUAUCACACCUACACCAUCAUCUUAA